CUGAGAAUCAGGACUUCUGAGCAGCAGCGGCAGCCACAAACUUUAAUUUUGAAGAAGACCCCAACACACAGAAGAAUUCGAAUCAGAACGGCGACUCUAUGAAGAUGGAAGUGCUCUCAGUACAAAAUCAUAUUCAGGGAAAAUUCGGUGUUAAAAAAAUUAAAGUAGAGAUUUCAACAGUAGACUGGCCAACUGCAGCGUCGGACCUCCUGGAGGAGGAGGAGGAGGAAGAACUGACCGUGGCCGGGACAACGGCUACCGGCGAGGUCCUGGACGUGGAUGUCGUUGACGGACAUCCGGCCUCUGUGCUGCACAUGCGACAGCAUCAGGCCCUCAACACGCGUCCCCUACCCACACCCACGGUCGUGGGAGGCGGCGGCGGGUCCGGGAUACCAUCGCCCAAGCAGGCCACGUCGGCUGUGGCGGCCGCUAGCUUCGAGGCUCCGAUUAGCGGUGGCAGUGCCGCUGCCUACCACCACGCCUACAUGACCAACGUACUGGCCAGCACCAACCAGCAGCAGCAGCAGCAGUACCACCCCCUGCCCGCCUCGCCACUGCAGUCAACGGCCGGGGCACGGUUCGGAGCCUCCGACAACCUGGACGAUGUGAGUGCCAGUGCGGUGCGGGAGCUGUCGCAGCAACUGCAGGCCCAUCUGCGGGACGCCAAGAGGCGCCACCUCGCCUGCACGGAGGUGACCCUGCCCAAUGACCUCACGCAGCGGAUUGCUGCCGAAAUCAUUCGGAUGUCGGAGCGGGAGCCCUGCGGCGAGCGCGCCUGCACCCUCUUCAUUGAGUUCGAGAGCGAGCCGAACAAUGUCAGGCGCAUUGCAUCGUUCAAGGUGGACCCGGACACUGUGUCGAUAUUCGAGCUGUAUCUGACCUUGAGGCAGGACAAGAGCGGUUGGACCUCCCUCCUGCCGCAGUUCAUCAAAAACCUCACCCGCAGCAACACCAUCAACAUCAGUCCCGACUUUACGCUGACCAAGAACAAGCUCUACUCAUCCGAGUAAGUCUAGGGAGGAUCGGCAUAAGGGCUGCUUUAAACUCAAUCCCUCCGAACAACAACAACAACAACAGCAACAGAAAGAAAAGAAAAAAUGUAGAGCAGCUGGGAAAUCCUUCGGUCGUGAAUCCAUCU